AUGCCUCCCGCUCCCCCCAACCUCAGACUCAUCAGACAGAUCUAUUCAAGUAGCGGCACGAAGCUCACGAGUGUCCGUCUCCGCAUCCUCAAACGGGAUUUGUCGAAGGAAGCUGCUCCAACCGCUGAGGGGGAACCACGAGCUCUAGUACACCGAAAGAGUCGAUUGGGAUUGAUUCGAAAAUGCGCUGCUCCUCCUGGCCCGGUCGAGACAGGGUACAUUUCGAAGCGGCUGGCCUUAAUAAAAGAUGCCGAGGCUGAGGAUCUGAAUACUCCUGGAGGUGAGCGUGGUCGGUUGCGUGAAGGACAGGUCCGGGGAUCUACGAGUGGAGCUCGAAUAACUCGAAGUGGUGGCCCUGGCGUGAACACCAAGCAAUUGGAGAUUGGAGAAGAGACCAGUGUUGAACAUGAUCAGGGAGUAAGUGGACGGGAUGCUGGUUUUCAGAUUAAGAAACAUGCUACGAAGCGAGCAGCCUUUGGGUCGACAUAUUGGAAUCUGGAUAAUCCCAAGAAAAGGAUUGAUGCACAGCAGAAGUACCGUUUCUCCUCAUUCUUUUCCCCCUUACGGCCAUGUUUCUGCCGGUAUUCUUCAGAAGAUUUGAAGUCCAAUGAGCAUUUGAGCUAA